CCACAUGGAAAUUAAUGUCGUUCAACGUAACAACCGUCUGAUGGUCACCGAAUGGAGUGAAUAAUCGCAACGGCUCGUCAGAGAAUGAACUGUAAUAGUAUAUCAAGAGUGAGUAGCUAUGGUUUAUUCCUGAGAAUACAUCAAGUUAUCUCGUGAUUCUGACUCGACGGGGAAGAGCAUGGCUAUUUCCCGCGAUUCUCAGAAACAUAGGAAUGUACGUCUUUACCUGAUUUUCUUAGGAAAAGCUGGGGUUCACAGCGAAUUCUCAGGUGGGUAUUUUCCUGAUGGGUUGGAGCUUCUCACCGCGAGAUCGUAGCCCAUUGGACCCUGGGUUCGAUGACCAAGACCUACCGCCACCGGUGCCGCCUGUACAGGCCAGGACUGACUCCCGCUCGGAGCCGGCCGAAGGCUGGGCGGCGGCUGGGGCUGCCAUGCCCGGUCCAAGCCAACCCCUCCGCACUCACUGGCCGCAGAGUUCUCCCGCCGUGAAGGUGAAGGAGGAGCCACGCAGCGACGAUGAGCUGCCGGAAGUCUCGGAGAUCCUCCGUACUCAUGCGCAUGCUCCCGGGUCAGGCACAGGCCGUGCAGUGAAGCCUCCCCCGAGCCGAUCACAGAAAGUCCCAGCACGGGCCACUCCUGUCCGAAACCCUACCACGACAUCGAAGACAGCGUCCAAGCCAGCUUCGAAGGGUGGCAGCUCAGGCGUACCGACCGCACGCAAACGUGGACGUUCUCCUCAUGGUGGUGGUGCACCCGGGCCAGCGGCGCCGGCAGCUCCAAGGCGCGGUGGUCGCCAGCCAGGUGCAGCGACCUAUACCGAAGCAGACUUGGGCACGCUGAUGGACGUUGUCCGCAAGCUCUUGCCACUUGGUCCAGACGAGUGGUCGAACGCCAAGUCGAUCUACAACAAGUGGGCGCUGACGGAGGGUCGGCCUGAACGUCAAGUCAAACCUCUGAGGUCAAAGUUUGAGGCGCUCGCUCGCACGCCAAAGCCGACCGGUAAAGCGGAGGUGCCAUGGUGGGUUGAAGAAGCAUGGACCAUCGAGGAGCUCAUCAACGAACGUGCACACCUUCGCACACUUGACGAUGACGCUGGGAUUGACGGUGUCGAGCAGCCUGAGCGGCAGCAAGGCGAUGUCGAACCCGACGUCAUCGAGAUCUUCGACUCAGAUGAAGAGGUACCUCCGAAGGUCAAGCCUGAUCCAGAUGCCGUGCAGUCAGCUCCCCCGCGUAAGAAGGCCAAGACGGCGAUUGCCUCGAGUACGCACCGCCGUGACAACACACCGUCCAUCCCACUGCGACGAUCUAGCACAGCAUCUGCCACUGUCGAUACCAGCGCAGGCUCUGGCGCACUGGCGAGCCGCCAGACACGCUCAGGAAUCUCCAACAACCUGCUCAGCAACAUCGCGACUGCAUUUGACCCAGCUACUCAAGCUGCCCGGGAUGACGUUCGGGCUGCUCGACAAGCCGACGGUAUGGUUCUGCAGCUCUUCUUUGAUGAGAUGCGCGACACGCGCAGUCAGCUUGCAGAAGAAAGGCGGCGGGCGGAGCGACUUGAAGAAGAGCUCCGUCGUCGUGACCGGCGGGAACAGGCGCAGGGCACGCAUUCAGCAAAUUUUCACCCCUUCGGGGUUUUGGGAACGCCACGCGGGUUACCAGCAUCUCCCGCGCCCUCUUCUGCGACUGCUGUUCCGCGUCCGUUUACCUACGAGUCAAGCCCAGCGCGCUAUCUUCACGAGUCACCAAGCCUCCUCCCCUCGGAACCGCCACCUCCGUCGCCAGGUCCGUCAAACUGGGCUACCCACCGGCAUUACUCGCCACCGCCCGACCUUGCGCGAAUGGCCGCUCAGGCCGCGUUUGCCCGCGAAGAGGCGGGUGAUGCGUACAUCCCCCUGCAUUCACGGAGCGCUGCGACGACGAGCUCUACACCACCGUCUGCCAUUGGUGAUGGUCGCAGACCGUUGACGGUGCCUCAAGCGCCGGCGUCGCCAGCGGGCGGUCCCGCCAACACCGGAACACCAUCGCUUGGUGUGUUCUCGCACGCAUCGGCGGCGGCGUCGCUCUCUGAGCGUACUAGCACGCCGGUCGGAGAGCCAGGGCUUCAUGUACUCGCUGCGGCUGCGGCUGCAAGCGUGGAGGACUCACAGCCAGCGGGAGAGCUCGCAUAUGAGGUAACCGUCACACCCCGUCGACGCCGCAUCGCACGCAACACACCCCAGGGCCCAGAGUAAGUGAGGUACAUGAUCGCGCGAGUACUAUACCCAUCUCCCUAUCAUAUUAUUUGCCGUAUAUACACUUCAGAAUCACAUAGUCUCAUAUGAUAACACACUCAUUUCCCGAUGUCGUGUACAUAUACAUAUGCCCUCCCUACUCACUCAGCCUAUUCUACCUUACUCACCUUUAGUCUAGCGCUUUGUACUCACGACAUAGAUACCAUGCUUCGUAGUGACAGUAUAUAGUUCAAGAGACAAUACACACAUUUUAAUAUGUA